GGUCAACAUCAAUGAAUAAAGAUAACUUAUUAAAAACACUGCAACCACGUGAUGGAUCAAGAGUGAUCCUCCGUAAAUUCGCUAAAAAUAUUUGUAUCUGUAUGCAUCUGAACGGGACAGUCUACACAGAGCGUAUUAUUAACCAGACAUUAACCGAUAACUGUGAAUGGCACCUUAGAGCAUCAAGGCAUGGGAUAGGCUUUGAGCGUGAACUAACUGAAGACGAUAUCAUCAAUGAAUUCCCGAAACACAUCCUUUCUAAUCCAUCUAACAAUGCAAAAAUCUAUGAUGGAAGAUCUCCAACAUUAAGUGUAGUUGAUGAGAAAUCGCUUAUGUUAGCUUCCGGUUGGACUCAUCAGUUAUGGGAACCUGAAGCAACGUGGCAAGUUUAUGGAUUCCAGCCAAAAGGAUUAUUAGCUGUUAUUGAAGCACAAAAAAACUCUUCAAGUUACCAGCGAUUCGUUUCAAUCGAUAAAGACGUUUCUAACCAGUCAUAUGCAAACAACACCUUAACAACAUCUCCACCAUCCUCAAGUAAUACUGUAAAAGUAGGUUCACAGCAAGUGAUAGUUUUAGAAGCGCCAGCCUAUUACUUCAAUACACUCCAUCAUAAAGCAAAACUUAAGUAUUGUAGUAUACUGAAAAGCAAACUUGCGAAACUUGUACAAACGGAAUUACUUAUGAGUUUGCAAAUUUUAACUAAAUAUAGGCAGGCUUUUCAGAGUUUCAUGCUUCUUAUCCAUAAUCAUUCAAUGACUAAUCAUGAAUAUAAUAUUAAUAACGUAUCAUCAAAUACUGUAGCUGAAUUACUAGAUCAAUGGUUAAUGCUUUUGGAUUAUAAAUGGCGCCAAACAAUUAGACAUGUCUACAAAACAGAUUCAGUGUCCAAUUACCAAGUAGAUAAUUGUUCGUUGAGUUUCAAAUCAUCAUUUGAAAUGAACACUGUUGGUAAUGAUAGUGAUGAUAAAAUACUGGUUAAAUUUUAUGAAACACAACUGAAAACAAAAAUAUAUUAUGGUCUGUUUGAAAUUGUACAAGAUAUAGUCGAGUGGACUAGUGAGCAAAAACGUCAUUGGCUACAAAGUCCAAGAGUUAUAAAACUAUUCCAAUAUUUACAUAUUAAAUGCCCAUCAUCGAAAAAGUUGAGGCAAGCCUCAUUUAUAUUAAGACAAUAUCUACCAAAUUAUUCACCAGAAGUCAUUCAUUCCAAGAAUAAUUUUCAUUUUGGUCUUAUGGGUGAUUGGAAACCGGAAACAUUUAGAAAGUUUUUAGUACACGAUGUUAAAUUAGCCAACAAAGUAAUUGAUCGGGCUGUUUAUAUGAAAUUUGAGGAAUAUUAUUUUUGGCCGAUAUUACGACGUGUGAAUACGAAAACGAUUGUGGAACACUCGAUUUUAUUUGACAAUGAUGUACGAAACGAAAUCAGACAAAUGACUCCGAAUAGUAUCUGUUAUAAGCUAUUUAUGAGGAACUGGAAAUUUUAUAAAGAAAAUUAUUCACCUAAAUCGUGCUUACACUAAUAUCACUUCCUAUAUUUACAUAUCUUAAUGACAACGUGUCAAACUACUUUAUAGUAGUAUAUAUCUUUCCACUAAAGUUACAGAUUUUCAAUGAAUUAUUUGGUUGUUCAUUAUUAUCGCAAGC